AGAAGAGCUGACCUUUCCAUGUGGCAGAGGGACAUCUUAAACUGAGGGUCAAAAUGAAUGGUAGAUAAUCACCAGAUAAAAGGAAGAAGACCAUAGGCUUUGCUAUGAGAAAUACUUUCUUUAAAGUCUCAAAAUAAGAAACAGUGUUAAUGAGAAGAGACAAUGGUUUGUGUGUAGUAACAAGGUACUUCUUAUUUCUGGAGAUGUUAUAGCCACUAACCUCUACUUUCAGCAGUCCUCUCCUUUCAAACUGCACAGUGUAUUUUCAAGCUCUUGCUACACAUUGUGUGAGAUGCCAGAUUACAAUAUGCAAAGCAUGAAUUGUACGGAUUAGUUUUUCAUUGAGAUGCUGGAUAAAACCUCUGAAUGCUCAAAAUAGGAAGUUCCAGGCAAAGGACAGAGAAAGUGUUCCUCUUGUAAAACAGCACUGUCCGCAGGCAAGCAAGCACAGAGUUUUCUCAACAAUGGAUGGCAAGGCAAAUGUGAAGUCCAUUAUGGCGAAGUUUAAUAACAACGCAGCUGAGGAUGUUCAUUGCCAUCAGGUCAGAACUGGGGGACACCCUCCUUUGGCUAAAAAAGCAGCCUUUGAGAAGUUUGCCCAGCUUGAAAAUGCUGGUCUAUCUUCCAAACCCAACAGCUUGUACAAGCCUUCAUCGCUUAAAUUGCCCCCGAGCACAAAACCUCUUCAUGAUGCAUCAGGCAAGGAUUUAAAAGCACCACCUCUGAAAAACAGUCCUGUGGCCAGCAAGGUGAAGAUGCUAGCUGAGGCUGCUAGCCGAGAAGCUAAUGAAAAAACUACCUAUCCAAAGCCUUUGGUUCCCAAGAUUUCUGAAGGAUUAAGAGAAGAAACCAAGCCAGUGUUCCCAAAGAUUCCUGAGAAGAGGCUACCUGGCUCUCCUCCUCAGAAAAGUGAACCAAAACCUUUAGAUCAGAGAUUGUUCAAACCUGAACCCCAAGGAAGUGAGGCAAAGCCAGUCUUUCCCACAGUUGCUGGAGUUAAAGAAAAAUUCAACACUGCUACACAGGAAAACAACUCCAGGCCUCCUUUUCCAAAACCACCUCUUAAGCAAAAACCAGGUCAAAGUUUCAUCCAAGGUGAAGAAGUUUCCAACAAAAGUGCUUGUUUCAAUCAGGCAUCACCAAGUUCCAUGGGUCUCAAGUUGAAAGCUGGUUCCAUCGGACCCUUCCAAGACCCCCAGGACAAGAACAGAAAUGAAACCAAUCCCAUUAACCCUUUUCCACCUUUGAAACCUGUCAGCAACCAGAAUAACCUCCCUCAAAUCCCCCCUAAACCUGUUGGACAGCAGAAUGAAGAGGCAAAACCAAAACCCAUCAGGAAUAUUUUCCAGCAGAACAAAGAAGAGGAUUCUAGAUCUACUUCUGGUACCAUUGUUGCUAAAUUGGUCAAUUCAUCUAGAACAGUUACGACAGGACCUUGGGCCAAUAAUACUGGAAAAGAAGAAAAAGAUAAAGACAAAAAUUUGCCCAGACGAAAAACACUACCUUCUGCAAUGACAUUGGGACCAGCCCCAGAGAAGCCUAAUAGGCCUCCAACAGUUGAGCUGCAAAAAUUUAGGAAAAGUCAUGGGGAAGGUUCCAGUUCAUCCAAUUCAGCGGGUUUGCCUCCCCCACUUCCGCCAGCUAUUCAUGCCACACAGUCUACGGAUUUAUCACCACCCUUGCUUCCUCCCCCUCCUCCAGGUUUCCGUCCAUCAACACAAACUCCUGUUCUCCCCCCAAGGAGGAAUAUCCCAUCCAGAUCUGAUUUCAGAGGACAAGAAAAUGAAGAAAAUUAUGAUGAUGUUGGAUUUGGUUCAGAAGAUAAUGGAAAUGCAGAUGAAAACAGUGAUGGAGAAAUGUAUGAAGAUAUAAAUGAGAUGAGAUUUACACCACAAGAAGAUGAUAAAAAGAAAGAGAAGGAAGAAAAGAAAAAAUCUGAUCAAAAGAAAGAACAAAAGGAUAAGGAUAAAAAGGAGCAAGAACUCAGAAAGAAAUUCAAGCUAGAAGGUCCCAUUGAAGUUGUUCACCAGGCACGAGCUUCUACAGACUUUAAAGGAGGAAAGUAUGAUCUGUCAUUCAAGCAAGGAGAUCUAAUUGAAAUACUCCGCAUCACAGACAAUCCAGAAGGGAAAUGGUUAGGAAGAUUAAAAGGCUCCUAUGGCUACAUUAAAACUACCAUGGUGGCAAUUGACUAUGAUACAUUAAAAAGGAAGCCACGGCCUCCCAUGCACGUUCUGUCAAAGCACCCAGACAGUGAUCAAGAAGUGUAUGAUGACGUUGGAGACCAGGAUAGUAUCAGCAGUGGAAGUCAGAGUGCCAUGGGAGGGUUUCCGCCACCUCCACCAGAUGACAUUUAUGACGGUGUGGAUGAUGAUGAGGUUCCAAUAAAAUCUGUGUCACAGGAUGAAGAGAAGAGUGACACCUGGUCCAAGGGGCUUUUGAAGAUUUUAAAGGGAAAAGAUUACCAAAAGAAAAGUAUGCGAGAGACAGCACCCAAAGUCAGUGUGACAGAAGAUGAAAAAUCCUUAAGAACGCCUUUAGCAAAAGAAACAGGGAAGGAUUCCGGAGACAGUGAUGUUUACGAUGAUGUUGAAUCCUCUGACUUCCCUCUCCCACCAAAAGAAAUUAGCCUUGGGAAAAAUAUAAAAUCUUUGAACUUUGGGAGGGGCAGAUCUGAUGAACGUGAUUCACAGAAGUUUAAGAAGAUUGACAAAGAAGAGAAAGAUUUUCGAAAAAAAUUCAAAUAUGAAGGUGAUAUUCGAGUUCUGUACACUGCUACCAUAUCUAAAGCAUCAUCGCCAAAGAAAAGAGGUUCCAAAGAUUUGCAAGUCAAGCCAGGAGAACUGGUUGAGAUUAUUCAAAAUGUGGAUGAUACUAAAGUGCUUUGUAGGAAUGAAGAAGGAAAAUAUGGCUAUGUCCAAAGAAGCUGCCUAGUGCAUGAUGAUGAAGAAAUAUAUGAUGAUAUUGCAGAUGAUUUAUAUGACAAUGAUUAGCUCCAGGCCUCAUCUUGGCACAGUCUUCACCUUCUCUGAUUGGUGGAUACAAGAAAGAAAAUUAUUACUCAGACUUAGGAUUUAUGUGUAUGUACAAAAGAUUUGGUUAAACUAUCCCAUCAGUUUCUGGACUGUGAAGCAGGUUUUAGCACAGAACCAUGAUAAUGUUACACAAAUAUGCUCUUGAUUUGCAACCAUCAGCCAAAUCUUCAAAUUGGGACAUUAUUAAAUAAAUAUUGGGUGUGGGAUAACUUAUAGCUUUCUUUUGCAAAUUCCUCAACACAAUCCAGAAUAUUCUAUUUAGCAUGCUACAGAUUAAAUCAGCAACCCUUAUUUGCAUUUAUAAUACUCCUUCUCAUAUUCAUCAAUGCACUUUGAAAAGAUCCCAGUGUGCCCAUAGACAUGAUACCUGUACUUCAUCUGUUUUGUGUUAUUUUUACCUACUCAUCAUACCACAGAACUAUAGAAUUGGAAGCAGCCAGCUAAUUGAACCUGCUAUUGAACUUUUUGUAAUAUUCAGGCAAAAUCUCCCUUCCUAUAACUCAGAAAUGGGCAACCAAUAUUCUGCAGUUGGAAAUACUCGAUAUGUGGAUAAAAAUGCCAAAUCCAAUCUAAAUAUCUUGACCAUACCACAAAUCAUAAUAAACAACUUCCAUUGGAUAAGGAAAAUGUGAAUGAAACAGUCUUGGUCAUUUUUGUUUUGUAUGCCUUGCCUGCAAGGGCAUUGGAUAUAUACAUGUUAACAUGUUAAAAAAAAAAAAUCUGAGAAGUAAUACAGGCUCCAGUGAGACACCAAACUAGUUCCAGAGUGAUCCAUCUAAUGUCUACAGGAAGUGUUCCAGCAAAGAUAUCAUGGCCUAAAGACAUGUUUAUGUACUUCAGAAAUUAACUUGAAGAAAUAAUUCUGUAUUUGACAUAGGAAGUGGACUCAUCAUGAUUAGUUAAUAUUUUUAAUCUCCACAUUUUUAUAAUCUUUUUUCAAAGUAUGUUCAUGGCAAUUACUGCAUUUGUGGUAGUAAUUCUCCACCUCCUUUUUGUUUUUUUAAAAAAGAAAAUUGCUACCACAAAUAGUAGUAAUUAAAAAACAAGUUUUAUCCCUUCUGAAUUUCCCGAUUUUUCCAGAUAUAUUUGGGCUCGUGUAUCAUGUUAACCUUUUACUUCUCAGUCGUAAAUCUUCAAACAUAAUAUUUUCUGAGGGGGAAAAAAAGAUGCUCUGACCUUUCAAUAAUGUUAGCUACUCUUUUAAGGGCCUUUUUCAGUAGAACAAUUCUAUUUUAAAGAAUAAUGCACAAUAUUCUAAAAGAAUUCAUCCCAUAACUUUUCUUAAAGGCAUUAUCAUAUUGUCCUUGCAUUUUACUUCAUCUUUCUUAAUGCCCCCAAAAAUAGAAUUGGCUUUUUUGACAACAGCUAUACAAAUGAGCCAUACAUAUUUUAAUCUAGUAUUCAAUAUAUUUUGGAACUUUGAAUUAAAUAAACCAUGAUUAAGUUAUUCACAGCAAUCAAUGACUAUUGUCUACUUAUCUGGCAAUAAUGUGGGGUGCUAUGAAUUGUGCUUCACAUAUAUCUUGACGACCACAAAUUCUCUUUCUCAAUCUUAUUUGGUCAGUUAUAUUAGUAUAUACUGUAUGUAUAUAAUUCUAAUAAAUAAAUAGUUAUCUCCUUCCUUCACCAUUAAGGGAAUUGUAUAGUUGUAGAGCACUGUCACACUAAGAAUUUGUACCACUUCAGGACCAGCUCCAGACCUAGCUGAUUUCAUACCAUCAUCUAGUUUGGGAAAAUGAGUCAAGGUAUUUCUGAUUUUGCUCUGUUUUUCUUGAAAUUAUUGAAAAACUGGCACGGUAUUCUUCAAAUUGAUACAUCACUACAAACCUAACAGUGAUUCUGUUUUUGCAUCUGUCUCCUGAAUUCAAGCCAGUCGUAAAGUAUUCCUCUACCCUAUCCCUGAAGAAGUUCAGCAUCCUGUUCCUGGAGUUGGUCUCUUCCUUUAUGUUUAAAAUAUAUUUUAGAACUUUUUUUUCUUGACUGUCCAAGUCUUUCUACUACUUGGGAAAGUACCCAAAAUUGCCAGCAUUAUGAUUAUUGUACCCCAUAGAUGAUUUUAAAAUGUAAUAGAGGAAUGGCAGUAAAACACAUGAGAAACUCUGGAGAAAGUUCAGUGCUUUUAUGUUUUUAAUCAACAUUCCUUCAUAUAACUGCCCACAAUAGCAAAUCUCCACAAAAUGGAGAUAAAUAUAUGUAUGAAAAACACAAACGGGGAGAAUGUAUUUUUUAUGUGAAGCUGAAGCUCAAAGGUUAUUUGUCAUUCUGCAACCAGACAGCUGAGGAAAUGGGAUGGUUGUUGAUGAUACCCUUUGCACUCUCUCGAAUACUCUUAGUAAGCUAAAGGAAAAGGCACUAAUUGCAUUGUGGUGUAUUGAUGUGUUCUCUACAUUCUAAAGUCAGCAAAAGCAAAGAUGAAGGUUGGAUUCAAAAUGAUUUCUGAGGGAUUUGGAACUGAAAAUAGUUGUACAAAGAAAUGCCUUCUCCAUAUUAUUUAUUUUCUUCCACAAAAUCUCCUUUUUCUCUUUCUUCCUUAUAUACACAUGCUUAUAUGAUUUUUCUAAAAGAGAUAGCAUAACAGCCAGUAGAGUCUACUUAAUUCCCUUUAAAAGAGUGCCAUUAGUCUGUACCAUUCCUUAUACUUGUAUGUAAAUAUCAAAUCUAGAAUAAUCAUUUAGUUAGGGUAGUAAGAAUGUCGCUUUUGAAUUCUUAAUGAUACAUUAUUCCUGUGGAUUUGUUUUCAAUUUGUAAGUAAGAGAGAGAAUUUUGCUUCUCAUCACUACUCUUCCUCUUGUUUUCUCACUUGUUUCCUAAAAAUAGAAAUUCAGAUCCAACAAUUUCUACAAAGAAAAAAUUAACUCAAGCUUCUCUUCAACCUCAUUUUCUUCCUGUUUUAGUUUUCUUAUCUUCUAACAUCUAACUGGUUUUCUUGUAAGUUACUUGCUUUUGAUCUAUUUAAAUGUCUUAGGGUUAUUGGCAACAUACUUCUUACUUUCUCUAAUUUCUCUUCAUUUUCAAUUGGACAAGACUUCUAGUUUUUUUCAAGGGGCAAACAAGAGACACAUUUCUAAGAACAGAAAAGCUGCAGGAUAUAGGGACUAAAAGCAAACAAAUAUAUUCCACAUGUCUUGUCAAACCAUUCUAGAUGGCCCUUGUUUCAGCAAAACAUAAUCCAGAACAGCAUUUGUUGUUAUGGGGUUUAAGAUGAAAGAAAAGUAAUCCCAGUAAUUAUGUGGGGAGUAAAAUAAGGCUGGCAUGUGUCAGUUCCUCUUUCCCCUCAACAGCUCCCAGCACAGCAGAUUGUAAAGAAUGAAGCUGGCAACGCAAGAACCAGCAUAGAGAGAACUCCUGUGACCCCACUGAACAGAUGCUUCCAAAUCUGAGAAUUGUGAAGAAAACAGCCAGAAUUAUCUAGACUUGCAAUGGAGACCUAGAGUUUCAAGCAGAGUGCUUUCAUUUCUGCAUAUUGCAGUGGGCAUAUUCUGUAUAUAUAGAUCAGUGAUGGCGACCUUUUAGAGACCCAGUGCCCAAACUGCAACCCCAAACCCACUUAUGCAUUGUCGGGUGACGGAUGGGUGUGGCCCAUUGGAUGGGUGUGGCCCAUUGGGUGGGCAUGAC